AUGGCUUCUUCGUUGAGGCCGAUUCUCAUCGGUAUUUUUUUAUGUUUCUCAAUUCUUACUUUAAUCGAAGCUCGAACGGCUCAAAAUGAUGGCGACGAAUCAGAUGAUCGAGUCAAAAGACAGUUCAAUAGAUAUCCUCAAGCUCCAUCAAGACCAAGUCGAUCGGGAUAUGAUAGUGACACAUUUGUUCAAGGUUCAGAAUGUAAAGGUUGUGGACCACGACGUGAUUGUCAAUGUCCUGGAAAAGGUGCUAUGGGUCUAUCUGGUCCAUCCGGCUUUCCUGGUAUUCCAGGCGAUCGUGGUUUGAAAGGUCCUGUUGGAUCUGCCGGUAAUACCGGUAUUUACGGUGAAAAAGGAGAUCGUGGUUUAUAUGGCAGUAAAGGCGAACGAGGUGAUGAUGGUUUACUGCCUAUUGACGGCCAAAAUGGUUUUCCUGGACAACCUGGUGCUAUGGGUCCCCGUGGUAUUUCUGGUGUACCAGGAUGUAAUGGUAGCAAGGGUGAAUACGGCGGCGAUGGACAUCCUGGUCUAGAUGGUAUUGCCGGUUCUCCCGGGUUACCUGGUCGUGAAGGUGAUCGAGGUGAACCAGGUGAUACAACAGGCCUUAAUGGUGUUAUUCUUGGACCACGUGGUGAUCCUGGUUUACCCGGACAACGUGGUGUUGUUGGUUGGCCUGGUCCUCCCGGUGCUCCAGGCAAUCCAGGUUCAGUUGGAAAUCCCGGACAAGAUGGUAUGCCUGGAUUACGAGGCGAUCCUGGAUUUCCCGGUGAACCCGGUCAACCAAGUUAUGGUCUCAAAGGUGGUCGCGGUGAACCUGGUGAUAAUGCUCCCACACCGGCCUUUGUACCACCAUUUGGUCGUUUAACAGGUCCAACAAAUGUACAAGGACCACUAGGUCCCCGAGGUGCAGAUGGUGAUCGUGGUUACAAAGGAGAUCGUGGUCAACAAGGUUAUUUGGGUAUCAAUGGUUUACAAGGACCAAAAGGAGAAAGAGGUGAACAUGGUGCACCUGGUUCACAAGGAAAAUUUGGUAAAGAAGGUCCACAAGGCGCAUUUGGUAUCAAAGGAGCGCAAGGACCACCCGGUCCAGCUGGUUUCGAUGGUCUUCCCGGUGAACCUGGCCGAAAUGGAUAUGCAGGUCCAAAAGGCCAACGUGGUGACAUUGGUGAAGCUGGCCCAAAUACGUAUGGUACUAGACGAUCGCGUUCACGUCCUGGACCGCAAGGUUACCCGGGAAUGACUGGUGAUUCUGGACCAAAUGGGUUUGCCGGUGUUCCUGGUUUACCUGGUCGAGAAGGUAUGAAAGGUGAGAGAGGUGAUUAUGGUUCACCUGGUCGACCUGGUCCUAUGGGUGAAACAGCCGAUGCAGAAAAGGGUGACCGUGGUGUUGAUGGUCGUCCUGGUCCUCCCGGUUUACCAGGGUCUGCUGGUACACCCGGUGAUAAAGGUGGUAUUGGUGAUAAAGGAUUCGCUGGUGAAGAUACUUAUGGACCACGUGGUACUAACGGUCUUCCGGGUCGUAGUGGAUAUCCCGGUUUGUCUGGACCCCCAGGUGAUAUCGGUGAAGAAGGUCCACCAGGUCCUCCUGCUGAACCAGGUUUUCAAGGCUUUCAAGGAUAUGGCCCACCAGGUUUACAAGGAUACCCUGGUCGCUCAGGUCAACCUGGUACACCUGGUUUUCCUGGUGUUCAUGGAUCUAAAGGUGAUGAAGGUGAUGCGGGCGGUUGUGGAUUUUGUCCACCUGCAGUCCCUGGUCUUCAAGGUGAUCGUGGUAGCCAAGGCUAUCGUGGACGACCAGGUCAACAUGGUGCACCCGGUUUUCGAGGCGAAAAGGGUGAUGCCGGAUCAGCUGGACAACCUGGACCUACUGGUUUACCUGGACCGGAUGGACUUCCGGGCCGAAAUGGUUAUCCAGGCAGUUCAGGGCAUAAAGGUGAACCGGGUGAAUUGAUUGGUGCUGAUGGUAUCAAAGGCCGUCGAGGAAGCCCUGGGGAUCCUGGCGUUAAAGGUUAUUACGGUGACGUUGGUGAAAGUGGUAUUAAUGGACGUGAUGGUUAUGAUGGUGCUCCUGGUAGCCCUGGUCCACGGGGUGCUUGGGGUGAAAUUGGUCGAUCUGGAGGUGUUGGAUCACCCGGAGCAAAAGGUCCACAAGGUCAACCUGGUCCACCAGGACAAUUAUUUGCCAGUGGUCAACGCGGUGAAGAGGGUGAACGUGGUACUCCAGGUAAAACUGGUCGACCUGGUAUUCCUGGUUCACCUGGUGAUGAUGCACCAAUAUUAUAUAAUGCACCUGGUGCACGUGGUAUGAAAGGUUAUCCUGGAGAUGCUGGAUUUUCUGGUAUGCCUGGUGCCCCUGGUUUACCUGGCCGAGAUGGUGCACCUGGUUUGAGUGGUAGUCCCGGUCAAAAGGGUGACAGUGGCCGACCUGGUCUUCCUGGAUUAGCAGGCGAAAAUGGUGUUAAAGGUUAUCCUGGUCUUGAUGGGCGAUCUGGACUUGAUGGACGACCUGGUGCUCCAGGAAUAAAUGGCGCAUCUGGUUUACCUGGCUUGUCUGGUGCUAAAGGUCAGCGUGGUGAACCUGGUGUUGCAACAACAUCUGGAGCACGUGGUAAUCCUGGUCCAAAGGGUGUUACUGGUGAACGUGGUAAUCCGGGUUUCUCAGGACCGCGUGGCGUACCCGGUCUUCGAGGUGUACCAGGCAAUCCAGGUGUCAAUGGUCUUCCUGGACAAUCUGGUCUACAAGGAUUGAAGGGAGAACGAGGCGGUACAUCACUAGGCCUGUGGGGUGAUGUUGGUUUGCCCGGUGCUCGUGGUCGAGCGGGAGCUCCCGGUAGAGCUGGAGCUGCUGGUGCCCCUGGUCCAAAUGGUCUUCGCGGUUCCCCUGGUGAUUCAGGCUUUGCUGGCCAAGAUGGAACACCAGGCUUUUCCGGCAAGCCAGGUGACCGUGGUGAUGACGGAAGUGCUGGAUAUCCAGGAUUAUCUGGAAUGAAAGGUCGCCCUGGUAUUCCUGGUGAACGUGGAUUACCUGGUGGUCCUGGCCUCAAUGGGCUUCCAGGUUUACCAGGUGCUAAAGGGUUUCAAGGUGAUGUCGGAGAACCAGGUGUCGGUGGUGGUCAAAGUGAACCAGGUCGAAAAGGAGAAAUGGGAGAGGCCGGUCUAUCAGGUCUACCAGGCUCUAAAGGUGCUCCAGGCGAUUCUGGUGGUCUUCAAGGCCCACCUGGUGAAUCUGGAUCACCUGGAUUCGCCGGUGCUCCUGGCCUACCCGGUCGUGAUGGACGUCCUGGCUUACCAGGUUCGAAAGGUGAAAUGGGUGGUUGGUACAAAGGCGUUGCUGGUCAAAGAGGUGAACGCGGUUUACCUGGUCUUCCCGGUCUUCCCGGUGCUGCAGGUCUUCGAGGAAUCCCUGGCGCACCAGGUCUCAAUGGACCACGAGGACAACCAGGUCAAGUUGGAUUUCCAGGCAUGCACGGUCCAAUCGGGAACCCUGGAUUACCUGGAUUCAAAGGAAAAUCAGGAGACAGUGGUCUUCCGGGAAUGGCUGGACAACCUGGUGAUCGUGGUUUACCUGGUCGUGCUGGUUCACCCGGUCUUCCUGGUUUUAAAGGGCCGGUUGGUGAACGUGGUCGAGAUGGAAUUGCUACAGCAAUGGGACCCAAAGGAGAACCAGGUGAUGCUGGUGGACCAGGUAUGCCAGGCCUUGCUGGUUUGGCUGGUGAUGUUGGCCUUCCGGGUGCACCAGGUCUUCCAGGCUCACAAGGGCAACCAGGUCGCGAUGGAUAUCCUGGUUUACGAGGAGAAAAAGGUUUAGUUGGUAUAGAUGGCAAAAUAGGACGGCCUGGUCAACCUGGAUUUCAAGGGCCUAAAGGCAAUUCUGGAUUGCCUGGACGUCCAGGUCUGAAAGGUGUACCGGGUGAAAGUGGUGGUCGUUCAUUACCUGGUCCUCGUGGUGAUCCUGGUCGAGAUGGUCUUCCCGGUCGUCCAGGCCUUAGAGGAACACCUGGUGAUGCUGGUCAAGCUGGCCCCCCAGGUCGUAAUGGCGUAGGAUCAGUUGGUCAGCGAGGUCAACAAGGAGAUCGUGGCCAAGAUGGUUUACCUGGCCGACCAGGUUCAAAUGGAUAUCCUGGACGAGAUGGUAAACCAGGUUUAGCUGGUCCACCAGGUCUACCGGGUCUUGUCGGUGCUAAUGGUCUUUCUGGUGCUCAAGGUAUUCCAGGGGCAAAAGGAUUACCGGGUCAACCAGGACCACCAGGAAAUUCAGGCCUACCAGGUAGACGAGGUGAAUCAGGCACACCAGGAGCUCUUGGAAUUCCAGGUCGCAAAGGAGAAAACGGUGAUGCUGGUUCACCAGGUUUGAGUGGACGUCCAGGUUUACCAGGUCCAAAAGGAGAGACAGUCCUUGCAGAAAUUCGAGCACAGUCAGGCAGUAAAGGUGCACGUGGUGAUCAAGGAUUAUCUGGGGCUCCUGGAUUGCCUGGCCAAUCUGGUCUUCCUGGAUCGAAAGGCUUUCCUGGUCAAGUUGGUCUUCCUGGUCGUCCAGGUACUCCAGGUUCUUCAGGUGCCCGUGGUCCAGUUGGUGACCUUGGUUUACCUGGAGCUGCUGGUCUACAUGGUCAACCAGGUCCACAAGGUAGUGCUGGACCUCAAGGUUUUCCAGGUGAUACAGGUGAUGGCUCAUUCGUAUUUGUACGACACAGUCAAGAUACUACAACACCACAAUGUCCACAGCGAACAGCUAAAUUACAAGAUAGUGGUUAUUCAUUUAUGGGUAUUCAAGGUGAUACAUAUGCAGCCCAUCAAGAUCUUGGUUCUUCUGGAAGUUGUUUACGUCGUUUUAGUGCAAUGCCAUUUUUAUUUUGUGAUAUUGGUAAUUCGUGUCAUUAUGCUUCACGUAAUGAUUAUUCAUAUUGGUUAUCAACAAAUGAACCGAUGUCAGCAAGUAUGGCACCAUUUGAAACACGUGACAUACCAAGUCAUUUGAGUCGUUGUGUUAUUUGUGAGUCACCAACACCCGUCUUUGCUAUUCAUAGUCAAUCACAACGUGUACCAGCAUGUCCCGAUGGAUAUGAUCUUUUAUGGACUGGUUAUAGUUUUGUAUUUACAUCGGCUGAUGGUGGCCGUGGUGAUCAACAAAGUCUACAAUCACCUGGUUCAUGUCUUGAAAAAUAUCACGAUAGGCCAUAUUUUCAUUGCAAAGAUCAUUCACAUUGCAAUUAUUAUCCAAACAUGAUGACAUUUUAUUUGGCUACAUUAGAUGAUUAUACUGGAUUUGAAAAACCGACAGUACGUACAUUAAAAGCAGGCACACAACGACAAUAUAUCAGUCGAUGUGCAGUCUGUCAUGCAAAUUUAUAUAAACAAACAGCCAAUGGACCAUCGGCAUUUUUUGCACAAGUGAAGAAACUUUAA